AUGUUGGAGCCAUCCAACCCUCUUCUGCUGGUGUUGCUGGGUCCGCAGGGGCCUCUGGAUUUGACAAUGCUGUGUCAUCUGCACUGGAUGAGAACAUCUUUGUUCAAAUUAUUCAUGUUACAAAUGAUUACAUGCAAUGGUGACCACUCACACUUGGAAGCUCUCUCUCAAGUGCUGGAGACCCAACAGCAGAAUCAUCUGAGCAUGGACGAGCUGGUGAUGGUGCAGCAGGAGCAGGGGCUGGCUGUACAGAACAUGUCCCAGGCAUUUCAACAAUCUGUUGAAGUGCAGAGGAACAUUCUGCAUUUAUUGCAGCAGCUGGUAACACUUGCUGAGCACUUCAUUAAUGCCAACACCAGCCAGCAAUAAUUUUUAGAAUUCUAAUGUUUACCUUUCAUAAGUUUACCCUUAUUAAGUUAUUAAGUUAUAAGACUAAGUUAUGAAAUUAAGUUAUAUUAAGUUAUAUUUCUUUUCUGUAGCUUUAAGUUGUAGCAAUUUUAUCAUUUACCUAGAACAGCAAGUUAAUGUUAGUGCAAUGUAAUACCAAAGUAUUUCUUCACUGUGAUACCUACAAUGCUUUUGUAUUACUUAAAGUACAAAAAUAAGAUUAGUGUUUUGUGGUGGCCUGCUGGUGGGCAUUUCUAUAAAUAUGUCUAUUUACUUUUUUUUUUCUUUUUACAGGACCUGAACUAUACUCAUAUAUGUUAUUAUAUUUUUUUUUUCUUUUUCUUGCAAAGACUUUGGUAAUUGGUAAUAAUUUGAUUUUUAAAUAAAUCUACAGCACUUUUUGUA